GCUGGUGGAGAGGCGACGGAGGCUGGCGGCAUAGGGGGCGGCCCUCCUAUUCCCACGUCGUCGUCAUCGCCACCGCCGCCGCGGCCGCCGCUGCCGCAUCGCCCGUCGCCGGUCGCCGGCCGCCCGACCUCUUCUCCCACCUCGCCCCGCCCGCCGGCUUGCCCAGACGAAGGAGAAAUUAGAGAGAGAAGGAAGGGAUAGAAGAGGGGAAAGAGAAAGAGUGAUGACGUGGUACCUGACACGUGGGUCUCACGCUGACUCAUCCGCCACGUUAGAUAAAACCGGGAUCAAAACCACAAAAGGAUGUAAAGUGAACGGUUUUGUAAGUUGAAAGAUGUGAUAUAUCUGGUUUUGCGGUUAAGGGACGAUUUUGUAACUCGAUGAGAAGUUGAGGGACCUUCGGUGUACUUUUUCCUUUUUUUCUGUUCUCCUCUUCUCUAAACCCAUUUGGAACAUGGAAUUAUUUCCUAAACCGAUUUGAAUUUUAGUGUAUUUUUCGUUGCAACAUGUUGAAGUUAAAUUUUAUUUUUGCAUGCUUGUGUAAUGAUCAAGCACAUAUUAAACUAUCAUGUUGAUCUUUUUUUCAAAUUUUUGCAUAACUAUUUGAGUGGCAUGCAAACAAGAAUUGGUGUCUUCUCAAGAGUUUAGAAUACUUUCCCCAUUUAGAACAUGGAAUUAUUUCCCAAAUUGAUUUGAAUUUAGUCAUUUUUAUAAGCGGAGUGGUUGAUACCUACUCUCGUUUUGGUCUUGACGUGUACAAAUAAAUAGCCCAAAAUAAAUGUACUGGGGGUGGUUGAUCACACACUGUUCUACAUAUAGUUCGGAGCUCUAUAUAAGCGGUUGUAUGCAUGCCACUCCAAAGUAAUUAAGACGAGGUGACGAGGUGUAAUUAAGAUGAAGAUUACAAGCACGGCGAUGCUGGCGCCGGUGUACGGCACGCCGCACCCGCUCGCCGGCGCGGAGGUCCAGCUCACCGUGUUCGACCGGGCGGCGUUCGACCUGUACGUACCCAGCGUGCUCGCGUACCGGGCGCCGGCGCCGUCGAACGAGGCGAUCAAGGAGGGCCUCCUCAGGGCCGUCGCGGCGUACCCUCACCUCGCCGGCCGCCUCGCCGUCGACCACCACGGCCGCCGCUUCCUCCACGUGAACGACCAGGGCGUGCUCGUCGUCGAGGCCACCGUCGACGGCGCCGACCUAGACGACGUGCUCGCCAACAGCGGCCGCGCCAUGGCCACCGACGUCGCCGACCUCUACCCCGCGUUGCCGGAGGACAACGUCGGCGCCGCGCUGCUGCAGGUGAAGCUCGUCCGGUACAGGUGCGGCGGCCUCGUCGUCGGCAGCAUCUGCCACCACCACACCGCCGACGGCCACUCCAUGAGCGCCUUCUUCACCGCGUGGGCGACCGCGGUGCGCGAGGGGGAGGGCUUCACCGCGCCGACGCCUUUCCUCGACCGCGCCGCCACGGCCGUGCCCCGCACCCCGCCGGUGCCGGCGUUCGACCACCGUUCCAUCGAGUUCGACGGAGGAGAAGCCGCCGCCGCCGGUGGCGGCAGGUCGUCCUACGCCGCCGUGUCCCUGGACAAGAUCAAGGACCUGACCGUGCACUUCACGGCGGAGUUCGUCGGCGAGCUCAAGGCCCGCGCCGGCGGCCGGUGCAGCACGUUCCAGUGCCUGCUCGCGCACGUGUGGAAGAAGAUCACGGCGGCGAGGGACCUGAGCCCGGAGGAGUUCACGCAGGUGAGGGUGGCGGUGAACUGCCGGGGCAGAGCCAACCCGCCCGUGCCCAUGGACUUCUUCGGCAACAUGGUGCUCUGGGCGUUCCCGAGGAUGCGGGCGCGCGAGCUCCUCCGCGCCACCUACGGCGCCGUCGUGGGCGCCAUCCGCGACGCCGUGGCGAGGGUCGACGGCGAGUACAUCCAGUCGUUCGUCGACUUCGGCGGCGCGGCGGCGGCGGGCGGCGGCGGCGGCGGGGAUCUCGUGGCGACGGCGGCGGCGGCGGGCACGAUGUUGUGCCCGGACCUGGAGGUGGAUAGCUGGCUCGGGUUCAGGUUCCACCAGAUGGACCUCGGCACCGGCUCGCCGGCGGCGUUCCUGCCGCCGGACCUGCCCGUGGAGGGGCUGAUGGUGUUCGUCCCGUCGCGCGCGGCGAAGGGCGGCGUCGACGUGUUCAUGGCCGUGGCGGAGCACCACGUCGAGGCGUUCGAGCGCAUCAUCUACUCCUUGGAGGAAGGACAUGGGCAUCAUGUCGGCCCGUGUCACCUCUAGACAACGAUGCAUAAUGCAUUAGAUCACUCUAAACUCUACUACCUCUGCCCCAAUUUAAGUGUAGUCGUGGUUUUUCGUGUUCAAGUUUGAUCGCCCAUCUUAUUAAAAAAAUAGUUUCACAUAAAGUAAUAUUCAUGUUUUAUCAUAUAAUAACAAUAAAAAUACUAAUCAUAAAAGUUUUUACAAAUAAGACAGAUGGUAAAUGUUGAACACAACCAAUGCAAAACUGCAGUCUUCUGGGAUGGAAGUAGUAUAAAACUAUGGCGUGCGGGUGGCAAACUGAUGUGAUUAGCCACUUGUCUUUCCACGAUGCUGUUUUCUCGAGCUUGUGUUGAUGUUAAGCGUGAUUAGCCACAGUCUAAUGUGCAAAUUUGUUCUGUAAAUAUAUAUAAGAUUGAUGGCUUGAUGGGGAGAACAGCAAGUUUAUGUACAGUGGAGUAUGUAAGAGAUAUAAAACGAAUAUCUUGUAUUUUGUGCUGGA